AUCACAGGCAUAUUUUUUUCCCUUCUCCUGUGUGAUUUUUAAUGCCUUUACCUGAUAAAACUUGCAUCAUUUAUUUUGUCCAUUUUGGUUGGCUGAAUAAAGGUAUAACUGUUUUGUGGAUUUUGGGUGUUCUUGUACUUUGCUAUUUGGCAAACAUGGCUACCGCUCAAUAUGUUUCUAAGAAAUAUAUGCAGCAAGUUAAACUAAUAGGUUUGAAUAUUCAGAAGUGAGGCAACAGGUUGGGGGAAUGUGGGGAUUGCUCCUUUUAAAAAUCAUUUCACCCAAAUGGGGUCCUUCAGACCCCACAUUUCUAGUAUUGCAGUGAGCCAGACAUUGAAAAUCCUGCAUGCCUACAUUUCUGAUGUUUGUUGUGUUCACAUUCCCUUGGUUACUUUCCCUUCCUUUUUGCUUUGGACAUCUAAACUGUAUUUCUAAAUACACAACUGAAGUUUUAAGUGACUGCAAUGUUAGAAUUGUGGAAGUGAAGGAGAAUAUUGUAGGGGCAGAAUUUUUUUUUCUUGGAAGUGGGGGCAAAACCCUCAUUUUGUCUCCCCUGCUACACCCCUGUGUGAGUGGCAUGAUCUGAAGUCAUGUGUAUGCUAAAGCCUGGGUUAUUGUUAGGAAAACCCACGUAAAUAAUAGCUGAAAGGACAGAGCAAUGUGUCUUCUGUGCUCACACUUGGGGAAAUGAGAAGUUUCAGUAAGAUAAGAUAUGAGCAUACUCCCACACAGGAAGAAUGUGCAGGAAAACGGGAAGCAGGUGGCAGUUACUGAUCACAGGAUAAUGGCUGUAUUGUAUGUUUCUGUCUCGCCACCCCACUCCUAACAUAUACGCACAUCUUGUUUUAAGACUUCCCUUGAGACGUAGUUUUAAGUGCAUGGUAUCCCAGUUGAAUUGCAAGAGAAGCAAUCUUUUGUUUCCUGCCCCUCCCCUCCCACACCCAUGACUUGGGUAUGAGAUUUGCUGGAAUCGGCUUUAGUACAUCUUGGAAACAACAGCAUUUAGAAGUUGUGCUUAUACAGGGUUGGAUAUUAUGGUGAUUUAUUAAAAAUUGUUUUCAAGGACUAUUUAAGAAUUCUUAAAGAGUAUUUCAAAUUGUUUUUGAAGUUUUUAAUCUCUGUAUUUUAACUGUUUCAACUAUUAGUUUAUCAGGUGUACCUUGGAACAGAAGAAUAGUCCUUUAAAAAUAUUGUGGCAAAGAGGGAGAACCUUUUCGGUUUUUCUUAGCUCUCUUAAUAAGGACCAUCAAUUGAAUGGUUUUAGAGAGGAAAGUGUCCUGGAUUAAGGGCAUUUACUAAUCAGAGGAAGGCAACUAUGAGCCUCCAGAUGUUUUUCAUCCUACAACUCCCAACAGCCCUAGCCAUCAUGUUAGACUGUGAAAGUUGUAUUUCAAAAAUAUCUGGAUGGACAUAAUUGCACUCACUCCAUUUGAAUCUAUUCCAUGGUAUAAUUGCUGUAAUACCCAGACUGAUUUUCUUCUAAAUGGAGACCCAGUAUUCUGUGGUCCAAGUGAUGGUGUUGACUGUUCCUGUCUUCUCUCCAUUGGAUUUUCCUCUUUCUCUGCUUCAAAGGGUUGUUGUGAGGAUAAAAUGCAUGGGGAUGGGACCUGUAGCUUGCCUUUGACUUCCAUGGGAGGCAGGUAGGCUCUGUGUUCAAAUCAAAAUCAAGAAUUGCUUGGCACUUCUAAUAUUUCAAAUCCAUGACAUAGAUAGCUCAACAACAAAUAAAUCAUUAAACGUCUCCAGGACAUACAUACAAGCCGUCCUUGCUUUUAGGUUUUGCAAGGAAACAAGGAGUCUGGAAUAACUGGAGCAGAGCCAGUAGGCACUGUACAGAAGAACAGUGAGUAGAACUGGCAUUUGAAAGCUGUUUCCCUGAAGCCUUGUGUUCCUGAAGUUGCUUCUUGGAGAUAGACAUCUGUUAUCUGCAGUGUUCAGAUUGACAUUGCUUCCGUUGUCAUUUUUCCUUUCUGCCUUUUACAACAAGGUUUAUCAGGAGAGCCCAGAUGGGUGUUGUCUUUGGAAGACUGUGAGCUUUAUAAAACAAAAGCGAAAAAACAAAACAAAAUUUCACGCUUGGCAGAGAGACUCAGACAGGAAUUAAAACACACACCCAUAUGAAUACUGACCCUUUAAAAUGUGAGCAUCACCUUGUUAUUUGCACAGAGAUGGCAGCAGAUCCUCAGUAGCUUCCAAGGGUUGAUGAGAUUUAAUAUUGUUUUGGAAUGGAGAGGGGAUUUUUAAAGGGACACAAUUUAUUGUGGUUUUCUUCCUCUCCUUUUGUAAUAUCUUGCACUAAAAGAAAAAUUAGAGCAGAGUCUGGCAGGUUGGAAAUGUGAGGUCUUUUUGCCCCCCUCCAAUAAGCAAUCCUCCAGUUGAGCAGUGAAGAAAUGGGAGAUUUCCCCGAAAGUGCAACUUUAAAUCUGUGUAGAGGUGACUGUGCAAUGGAUGGGAGGGCAGGUUCCUUAGUAAUGACCGUGCACCUGCUUGCCAAACCAGGACAUGCUCUACCUUUGCAGCAAGCCCUCAACAAGCUUCAAGAAUGGAUCUGCCUGGACAUGCAUCUCUUCCUUGUCACGGAGCGCACUUCUCCUAUUAAAUAUUAUGAGACUUACCGCCAGAAGAGCACCCGGUUCCCUGGAACAUCUGUUCUGCUCUUUCUGCAUGAGGACUUCGGGGAAGAACGGAUCUUUCAAGUCCAUGACCUGUUCCAGCAUCCACCAUGGCAACGUGUCCACAUUGAGAGUGCUGGCGGGAAGCAAUCUCCCCAUACCCUUGUCCACCAAGACUUCUAUGGGCUGGAUGAGCAUAUGCCUGUGUGGGGACUGAGGCAGGUUCACUACGGCACAGAAAUUGUUCGUGUGACCCUCUACUGUAGCUUUGAUAACUAUGACGAUGCUGUGAGGCUCUAUGAGAUGAUUUUGCAGCAGGAAGCAAUGGUGCAGAAAAGCAGCUUCUGCACCUUCAUCCUCUAUGCAACCCAAAGCAUUGUGGUUCAGCUCUGCUUGAAGCAGCUGCCUGCAGGGAUGUGUGUUGAUUCAAAGGAGUCUUCAGUGUUGCAGUUCCAGGUGCACGAAAUCGGACAGCUGGUUCCUCUUCUCCCAAAUCCCUGUGUGCCGAUAAGCAGCACUAGGUGGCAAACAGAAGACUAUGAAGGAAACAGGAUCCUGCUGCAGGUUCAGGGCAUCUCAAAUCACAAUGGAAGCCAAUGUUGGCAGAAGUCUGCAGAUGAGGAAGCCCUCCCCUGCUAUCAUACCAGUUCAUCCCUGGUGGCUGCCAAGAGAACUGUUGUACCACAGAAAAACCGAACUCCCAGAGCCAUGAAGAAUAAAAAUAAAUCCGCACAGAGUAAAACAUAUACUCCAGGAAGUCAUUGUGGCCUGUCACAGAACACCUUUGGCUCAUCUUCCUGCUUAUACAGCCCAACAGAUUCUUCUCAACAGUACCAAGGUAAUUCCCAAGGAAGGCUAGCUACUAAGUGGAGACAUUCUAGCCACGAACUCUGGUUGUGUCAAAAGGAGGAAGAGAUGAAUGUUGAUACAGGCAACAGAGUGGUAUCACCUGAAUGCAGUGACUCCCCACUAAAUAGGUUUUCAAAGGACUUGGAAGAUAUACUUCUUAAAUCCCAGGCACCAUCCAAUUCAUUUCCAGGAGCUGACUCCAGGAUCAGCCUGCAAUCUGAGGGCAGAAAUGUAUUAUCACAUAUUGCCAAAAAGACUAAAGACUUGUCACAGAGAAUGUCAAGUUUUGGCUUGGGAACAUUAGGUGCAAACCAUGAAAAUAGGGAGGAGGAGGAGGAAGAAUUCUUUAUAUGACUUGAAACACACUUUAUUUUCUAGAUUGAUGUCUAAGUGCCUUAUUUCUGAAAUGACAGAAUGAACAAUCUGUAAGCUGCACAAAGACUCUGUCCUUGUGCAGAUACCCCAGCUGCCUAUACUACCUUUUCUUAUUAGUGUUCUUUAAAAGGAAACUUAAAAGUAGUUUGCAGGAGAACAAAAAUGUUUAUGAACUGACUAGUCUAGUGACUAAUACUAGGUUCAGGAAAGGAGGAGCCAGGAGGGUUGUGAGCUAGAGGAUUAUUGUGCAAUACUUUGAAAGAAGCCAUUCGUGUUAAUGUUCUAUGAGUUUGCUUUUGUUAUUGUGUGCCUUCAAGUAAUUUCCAACUUAAGGCAACCCUAAAGCAACCCUAUCACAGGGGUUUCUUUGCAAGAUUUGUUCAGAGGUGGUUUGUCUUUGCCUUCCUCUGAGGCUGAAAGAUUGUGACUUGCCCAAGGUCACCCAAUGAGUUCUAUGGCUGAGCAGUGAUUUGAACCCUGGUCUCCAGAGCUGUAGUGCAGCACCCAAAUUACUACAUCAUACAGGCUCUCAAACUUACUAAUGGGUUAUUCACACUGUGAAAAUAAUCCAGGAUGAAUCCAGAUUGAAUCUCUGUUGUUCACACUCAUCCCACAUGCACCCAAUUAUGUUUUUUGGAGGGAGGGCUGCCAAAAAAACCCACUUAAUCUGUGAUAAUCAAUAUUGAGGUUUUCCCUGAGUCUUAUAAAAAAGAUCCACAUCAUUGGUAGUGUGAAUAACUGAUGCAAAUAAACCCAGGAUAAAAUAUUCCAUACCCAAAAAAGGGUUCAGAAUACAUUUGCAUUGUAGACUCCAUUUGAAUGCUUGCAUGUGUGAGCAAACAAACUUGCAGAGAUGUUUCCAUAUUGUGAAUAACAAACCCAGAUUCUGUGAGUGAGAUGAUUCUCAACGUCGUGCUAAAAAAAUAAUAAAAAUGUCUGAAUGAUC